GCAGUCGCGCAGUGUAAAGUGAUGGAAGGACAUGCUUGAUGCAUGAUCUCUGCGCUUCAGUUGUGUGUGUUGGCGACCUAAAACAAUUGAACGUGUAACAAAGUUGUCCACAUGAUUGUUAUUGACUAUUUGAAGAAGUUUGAGGUGCACUCGACUCUGAUCAUUGCCUUUCUGAUUCUGGUACGUCAAAUCUCGGAGCCCGAAAAAAUGCCGGCUACCAACGUUACCCGUGCCCUCGAUUUCGAAGUUUACGGUCGAGUUCAGCGUGUUUUCUUCAGAAAGCACACCCAGGAGAAGGCAAAGGAGCUCGGGUUGACGGGAUGGUGCAUGAAUACGAAGCAGGGCACCGUUCUCGGUUACAUGGAAGGAGACAAGGACAAAGUCGAGGAAAUGAAGAAUUGGCUGAAACAUACCGGUAGUCCGCAGUCCAACAUCGACAAGGCCGAAUUCCGAAACGAGAAAGAAAUCGACGCCCCGACGCUCGAAGACUUCGUUAUUAAAAAAGUGACGUCACAUUCGUGAUUAUAUUUAUACCCACGACGGCGACGACCACAUGGUACUUUUCAAUUCAAAGUUUCGACUUGAAAUUUUACCUGCCAAUUUUAAUUUUUUAACGAAACGUACAUAUCCAUGCUGUUUUCGUUAAAUUAUCAUAUUGUAUUGACACACGUUUCUAUACUAAAUGCUUCGAGUAAGAUAUGAUUUGACAAAAAAAAAACGAAAAUUUUUUUUGUCAAUGCGUUCAUCGAACUUCAUUACAGUUUCAUUAAUUUAUUAAA